ACAUAGUCAAUAUAUUCAUCAGCAUGAUGCACGGCGAUAAUUUCGGGAAGGCUGUCAUCCAGGUCCAUCAUUCUCGAAAAUGGCGGCUGUAUUGGACGAGGUCGGCAAAUCCGCCGAAAAACUCGUGGACGAGGAAAAGAACGAGAUCGUCGACGAGGAGGACGAGACCGGCGCAGUUGAAGCUUCUAAGAAGAAGAAGAAGAAGAAAAAGAAGAAGAAGGCCGGUGCUGGAGAAGCUAGCGCAGAUGUUCCUGAAGGGGAAGAGGAUAAAGUUAAGGACGAUGAUGCGGCAGCAGAAGGUCCCACAGAGUUGGCUGAGAACGAUGGAGAGAGCGAGGAUGUCAAAAAGAAGAAGAAGAAGCGUAAGCCUAGAAACAAGGGUGGCAUAAAGCAGCAAACAGACCCACCGACCAUUCCUGUGUCGGAAUUAUUCCCAGAUGGCAAUUUCCCAGUAGGACAGAUAAUGGAUCAUCCAUCCGUUGCUGGAAUAGAUGACAGAACGGCAAAAAAUCGCUUCACUAGUGAGGAAGCACGCGCCCUUGACAGAAUGCACAAUGAUAUCUACAAUGAAGCCAGACAAGCAGCUGAAGCACAUCGACAAACUCGAAAGCAUAUUAUGAAAUGGGUAAAACCGGGAAUGACUAUGAUAGAGAUUUGUAACGAGCUGGAGGAGACCGCACGGAAAUUGAUAGGUGAGGACGGUCUCAAGGCUGGAUUGGCGUUCCCGACCGGGUGUUCCCGCAAUCAUUGCGCGGCUCAUUACACCCCGAACGCUGGUGAUCCAACCGUUCUGGAGUACGAUGAUGUUACAAAGAUCGAUUUUGGUACGCAUAUUAAUGGGCGUAUCAUCGAUUGCGCGUUUACUUUGACGUUUAAUCCAAAGUACAAUAAACUGAUCGAGGCUGUCCGCGACGCCACCAAUACCGGUAUCAAGGCUGCCGGAAUUGACGUACAAUUGUGCGACGUCGGCGCUGUUAUCCAGGAAGUAAUGGAGUCCUACGAGGUGGAACUGGAUGGCAGAACGUAUCCGGUAAAGUCAAUUAGAAAUCUGAAUGGCCACUCUAUCGCGCCCUACCGCAUACACGCCGGGAAAACGGUGCCGAUAGUUCGAGGUGGCGAGGCAACUCGAAUGGAGGAGAACGAGUUCUACGCCAUCGAAACCUUUGGAUCUACUGGUAGAGGCGUUGUUCAUGACGACAUGGAGUGUUCGCAUUACAUGAAGAGCUUCGAUGCCGGUUUCGUGCCAUUGAGACUGCAGAGCAGCAAGUCUCUUCUCAAUACUAUCAACAAACAUUUCGGUACGUUGGCUUUUUGUAAACGCUGGUUGGAUCGUGUCGGAUGCACCAAGUACCAAAUGGCACUUAAGGAUCUCUGCGAGAAAGGCGCCGUAGAAGCGUAUCCGCCGUUGGUCGACGUCAAGGGUUGUUACACCGCUCAAUUCGAGCACACUCUCGUUCUGCGUCCCACGUGUAAAGAAGUCAUCUCCCGCGGAGAGGAUUAUUGAAUAAAUCAAUCAUUAAAUGCAUCAUUGUUGUGUUUUACAUGAAUCACUAUCAAAUGUGUCAAGAUGUAUUUUAAUCUCGAUGUAACAUCAUUGUCAAAAUCUUGUAUUGUUCGAUCCAUGUGCGGCGAUGCACGAAUGGUACACACGUGAAUGAGAAUAUAACCAAUGUAACACACGUGUGACACUUGUUAAAUGUAAUAUACGUAAUUUUGUUUUCCCGGUCGUAAGCAUCAUAGUACGAUGUCGCGAGUUGAGACGAACGAAAGCGCAUUUUGUGAUUUCUACUUAUUGAACAUCAAAUGCUUUUUUUUUGGAAUAUGUGACUGAACAAUAGAACUUGCAUUUCUUUUUUUUUUUUUAUCAUUUCUAUAGAUAUACGCUGAUACGCUUUGAGAAAAGGAUCGUAAUUUGUAUUCGUCGUAACAUUUUUAAAUCUUUAUUACUGAUUUCUUACACUCUUACACUAAAAUGGAAAUGACGGGAGGGGGGAAUGGUGUGUUUAGUGUUAUUGAAUAAAAUAUAUUUAGGAUUCGAGAUUUAUAUCAUUGCGAUGAUCUUAUGGUCCUGAAUAUCGUGUAAUUAAGUUUUUAAUAUUAGAAUGAUAUAAACGUAGAGAGUCUAGUAAUACAUACGUGUGAUAAUUGUACAAAAAACAGAAAGUAUUCUCCAUUUGUGGCUUCUUUAUAGCGAAUAUAAUCUCUCUAUACGUCGAUAUAUUUCCCUACACAUUUUAAAAGCGCGAAUUAUAUGUCAAAGUCUUCGUGGAUUAAUCGAUAAAUUAAAGGUGUAACAAAUUCA